AUGGACUCAUACGGUCAAGACAACUUUGGUGGUGGCCGUCGCGGUGGUGGUGACAGCUACGGAGGCAAUGACUCCGGGUUUGGAGGCAACAACUCUGGCUUCGGCAGUAACGACUCCCAGUUUGGCGGAGGUGGCUCUGGAUUCGGAGGCAAUGAUUCUGGAUUCGGCGGUGGUGGCCGCGGAGGUGACUCCGGCUUUGGAGGCAACGGCGGUGGUAACAGCUUCGGAGACAACUCUGGCUUUGGUGGUGGUAACAGUCGCGACAACAACAACUUUGGCGGUAACGACUCUCAAUUUGGUGGAGGUGGCUCUGGGUUUGGAGGAAAUGACUCGGGCUUUGGCGGGGGUCGCGGUGGAGGUGACUCUGGCUUCGGAGGCAAUGACUCCAGGCACGGCGGAAACGAUUCUGGAUUUGGGGGUAACAGCUCUGGCAACUCUGGCUUUGGCGGUAAUGACUCUGACUUUGGCGGAGGAAGAGGCAACCAAGACAACUUCGGGGGCUCUGGUGGUGGAAAUGACUCCUUCGGUGGCUCCUCCGGUGGCUCCUCUGGUGGGCUUGGGGGCUUGGUAAACAAGGCAGAAGGCUUCCUCGGCAGCCACGGUGGAAACAACAACCAGGGCGGCUCUAACAACGGAGGACAGGGUGGUAACUCUGGAGGCAACUUUGUCGACUCGAUGGUUGACCAGAAGGUUGACCAGUAUGUCCCUGGUGGAAUGGAUGGUGCUGUUAACCAGGGAAUUAACCAGGAGGUUAACAAGUUUUUCUAA